GGGACGCUGGUUCUCUGGCCGGCUGAGCUGGCAGCUGUCGGGCAGGCGGAGAGCUUGAGGCUCGGGGUGCCCCGGAGUCGGGGCCUGCCCUGGCUGUCCUUUGGCCGGGGUCCCCGCCGCAGGGCGGGGAAGGGUGGGCCCGGGCUGGACUAGCCUUCCCCUCCUCCUUCUCGGGGAGGCAACGGCCUCCACCCCGGCUCGGCCUCGGGCCUCGUCCGGGUGAUCCGCGGCAGCCCCGCUGCCCCAGCCAAGGUUUUAAACCUUUUUGGCUUAGAACAAAAAUGGCAGAAGAAACUCCAGUGGCUUCUGAGAAGCUCGUUGUACAUUCAGAGGCUCAUAGUGGUACUAUUCUGGCUAAUUUUGAGGAACAAAGGAAAAGAGGCUUUCUCUGUGAUAUCACUCUAAUAGUAGAAAACGUACAUUUCCGGGCCCACAAAGCUUUACUUGCUGCCAGUAGUGAGUAUUUCUCAAUGAUGUUUGCAGAAGAAGGGGAAAUAGGCCAGUCAAUUUAUAUGCUGGAAGGUAUGUUAGCAGACACGUUUGGUAUACUGCUAGAAUUCAUCUAUACAGGUUAUCUUCAUGCCAGUGAAAAAAGUACAGAACAAAUAUUGGCUACUGCUCAGUUUUUAAAAGUAUAUGACUUAGUAAAUGCUUACACCGACUAUCAAAGUAAUCAUAGCUCAACAAAUCCAACCUCUUUGGCCGCUGGUGGAGCUCCAGUAGUGGUUAUUUCUAACAAGAAAAAUGAUGAUCCUCCAAAGCGAAAACGAGGGAGACCAAGAAAAGUCAAAAAUGUGCAAGCAGUAAAACCAGAAAUGGCUUCACUUGAAGACAUCCAACUCCGAGAGAAUAAUUCCGUUCAAAAUAAGCAAAACUCUAUGGUAAAAAUAGUAGAAGGAAGCAAUAGUAUAACAAACGAACAGAUCCCAGUGAGAGAAGUGGAAGAAUCUGAGCGUGCUUGUGGGUCAGGCGCUGUGGAAAUGCCCACAGAAGAAGAUGAGAACUGUGAUCCUAAGUCCCAGGAUGUACAAGGCAAUCAGAGUCGCUACAGCAAGCGCAGGAUUCAGAGAUCUGUUAAACUGAAAGAUUAUAAACUUGUUGGAGAUGAAGAGGAUCAGUAUUCAGCUAAGAGAGUAUCUGGAAGAAGAAAACGCCCUGGUUCUGAGGCUCGCUGUAAAGAAUGUGGCAAAGUGUUUAAGUACAAUCACUUUUUAGCCAUCCAUCAGAGAAGUCAUACAGGGGAACGACCUUUCAAAUGUAAUGAGUGUGGAAAAGGUUUUGCACAGAAGCACUCAUUGCAAGUUCACACAAGGAUGCACACAGGGGAACGGCCAUAUACCUGUACUGUUUGCAGUAAGGCUUUAACUACAAAGCAUUCUCUACUGGAACACAUGAGCCUACACACAGGACAGAAGUCUUUUACCUGUGAUCAGUGUGGAAAGUAUUUCAGCCAGAAAAGACAGCUAAAGAGUCAUUACCGAGUACAUACAGGCCAUUCAUUACCGGAAUGUAACCACUGUCAUCGCAAAUUCAUGGAUGUAUCUCAGUUAAAGAAACAUCUGAGAACACACACAGAAGAAACAACAAAUGACCCUUUUGAUAAUACAAGUGAAAAGCCAUUUACUUGCGAAAUCUGUGGCAAGUCUUUUACAGCAAAAAGUUCUCUUCAGACACACAUCAGAAUACAUCGAGGAGAAAAGCCAUAUUCUUGUGGAAUAUGUGGGAAAUCCUUCUCUGAUUCCAGUGCUAAGAGGAGACACUGUAUAUUACACACAGGCAAAAAACCUUUUUCCUGCCCUGAGUGUAAUUUGCAGUUUGCACGCUUGGACAACUUGAAGGCCCACUUAAAAAUCCAUAGCAAAGAAAAACCCUUUCCAGAAGCUCCUAGUGCUCCCAGCAGCAGCAACCCAGAGGAAGUUAGGAAUAUUCUGCAUCUCCAGCAGUAUCAACUUUCCACCUCUGGAGAGCAAGAAAUUCAACUCCUGGUAACAGACUCAGUCCAUAACAUCAAUUUCAUGCCUAGUCAUAGUCAAGGAAUCAGCAUUGUCACGGCAGAAGGCACCCAGAACAUGGCAGCUGACCAAGCUGCCGACCUUACAGUGCUCACCCAGCAGCCGGAACACCUGCAGGGUUUGAUUCUUUCAGCUCAGCAUGACCAAACAGAGCACAUCCAGAGUCUCAAUAUGAUGGACAGCCAGAUAGAAACCUCACCGACCGAACAGGUGCAUAUAAUCACCCUGUCCAAGGAAACUCUGGAGCAUCUUCAUGCUCACUGAGAACCAGCUGAGGCACUUAGAAGUGAAGGGCCACUUCCUGCUCAGCUCAGCACAUGCAGCCGACCCAGGGAUGGAGCUGACAGGCCAGGAGACGCUGUGUGACCCAGCCCACAUAGCUUAAUGAACAGUUCAGCAAAAGUUUAAUUCUGUGGGAAUUAUAUUAUCUGAUAUUUGUCCAUCAGCUGACCAUGCCAUGAUUAAUGACAUUUGAAGUCGGGCUUUCUGAUAUUGGUUCUAAACUGCAGAGCUGUUUUCACCCUUUCAGAUACUAGUAAACUAAUAUUUAUAAUGCUUUACAUUCAAAGCUGUAAAGUGGCUUGAACUUGUCUGAUUUGAACCUAUCAUGUGACUUGAACCGACCUGUUUGGUAAUAUUGGUGGAAAAACUUUCACUUUUAUUCCUUCUCUUAGGUCUUGGAUUUUCACUCAGGUGCUCUACUAUAAUGAAGGCAAUUGUGACUUGUAUGUAGGAAUUGAAAUUCACACCCUUGUGUUGUAUUUUUAAUCUUCAGGAUGACAGUUCUGCUGUAUUUUGGGUGUUUGCUGAACUACAAAAGUCAGUUGUGUGUUAGUUUAAAUUUCACAUAUUUGUUGGUUUUGCUUCCUCGUUACUGAUAAAUACGGAAUUGCCACUAAAAGCUAAAAACAAAACAACAAAAAACUUGUUAUGUAUGCCAAGCCUUCAUAAUAUGUUAAGGAGUACAUUCUUUGACACUUUCCCCUCCUCGACACCAAAGAAUUAGUAAUAGUCUUGUACUUGAAUUAUUUACUGAUUCUGUAAGUCUACUACAUUAUAUGUGAGAGGUAAGAAUAUAUGAUAAACCCUUUCUUCAGAAUCCAAUCAGAAAACUGAAAGAACAUAUGUAUAUAAGUAUACAGACUCUCUGCUUAUGUGAGAAAAGCAAAUGUAUAAGCAAACAACCUUAUAUGCAGGAUGAAUUUCUUAAAAAUUACUAUUUUGAGAAUACCAUGAGGUGCAUACAGAUUUCAGCCUAAUGUUUUUCAUCUGCAUUACUUCAAAAUGAUACUUGAUAUUCUUGACACUAGGUCUUCCAAAUCAUUAGAAAGGUGAUAUUAAAUCCAGUGUAUGUUAUUACAUUCUAAUUCUCUAAAAACUGAGUGUACAGUAAGUCAAUACUAACCCCAAUCAAUCUAGAUGAAAGGAAAAUUAACACAAAAGUCAGACAUAAUUUUUAAAAUGGCUUUUAAUGAUUCAAAGAGAUUUCCUUUCUUUUGGACCCCUACUAGGCCUUACAGGAUUAGUAACCACUUUGUAUUUUAAUCAUUCUAUGAUUUGAGUCAUCAUAAAAAUAUUAAAUUGUGUUGAGUAUAA